AUGAGGUCUGUGAGCAGCGGUGAACACCGACCCUUUACUAAGUACCUCAAGAAGAAUGGGAAGUCAGAGCAGCAUAAAGCCUUGGGACACAGGAAGAAAGAAUCAGAGGUGUAUGUUGGAAAUCUUCCAUUGGACACCAAGGAGGAGGACAUUCUAUCCCUUCUGAAGGACUUUGGCCCACUCCGUGUCCAGAAAGUCCAGAAUGGCUGCAAAUGCUUUGCAUUUGUUGACCUGGCCUCUGCGGAGAAUGUGCACCUCGCAGUCAAGCAGCUGAAUGGACAAAUGUUUCAUAACCGGAAGUUGUACCUGAACUCAAACAACUGGAUCCCCAAGCAGAACUUGGACUCCACAAAGGGCAACGCAGAGUUACCGGCUUUGGAGAAUAUUCCUUUUGAAGACAAAGCUGCGGUGAUUCCUGGUGAGAAAGAGGAAGCCACAGCAACUCCUGUGCCUGCCCGGCAGACCCCUCGAGCACCUGUUUCCCCUAAUGUAACCGAAAGACCAAGGACAGCCUCCUAUGCAGUUCCCAUGGAGAUGAGAGGAUCCUUCUUGGUGUUUCUUCUAAGGGAUUGCUUCCAAGACCUGAGCUGGCUAGCCAUUAUUCGCAGCAUCCGUGGGGAAGUGGGGCUGCUGGUGACAGACACAGUCCCCCAAACACCAUUCUUCUGGGCCAUCCACCUCACCGAGGAGGCUCAUAUGAACAUGGAGAAGCUGUUUUGUGCCCUGGCAGAAGUGGAGGAGCAGCAGCCUUACCUGGCGGAGGCAGAGGUUCAGCGUGGGAUCCGCUGCUUGGGGGAGUGCCACCUGGGGGACGAUGAUGAUGGGGCUUGGAACAGGUGCUGGGUGUUGGACCGAAUAGGUGACUGGGCGGUGGUGCUCUUCAUUGAUUUUGGCUGUUCAGCCACUGUCCCAGUGCGGUCUCUGCGCAGCCUGGACAGUGAUGAUUUCUGGGCCAUCCCACCUCUGACUCAGCCCUUCGUGCUAGAAAAAGAUAUUCUCAGUUCCAAGCAAGCUGUUCGUCAAGUCAUGAAAGGAAGAAUCACUGGCUGCUUGAACAUGGAGUCUCACGUCCUGAAGUUUGAAGAAACGAAAUGAUAAACCUGCUCACUUAUUUUUGGUUUCCCAACCCACCACCACCCCAGUUCCCUAGGUGAUACCAACCCACCCAUUUUGUUUGUAGCCAUGCUGUUUCACCUCAUCCUAUUGGAUCACUUUUAUGUCUGUAUCCCUAGGAUAAGCUUGUGAUUAUAUUUGAUUAGAUUCCAGUUCACAGGGCUCUGGACCCUGGCACAAAACCUGGAAAUUCCAGGAAAGUAGUUAAAAAGCUUUUCAUUUUCCCCGGUGCUCUUCUGAGAA